AUGGAUGGGCUGCGGCGCUGGCGCUGGCGGCGCCUGCGCAUCGCGGUGCACCUGGCGGACGAGGCGCUGCUGCUGCCGCUGGCCGUGCGGCCCGGGGACACCGUGAGCGACGUGCGCGCGCGCCUGGUGCGGCGCGGGGUCGGAUCCUGGGGGCGGACCUUCUACUACAACGCGCAUGCGCUGCGCGACCACCAGACGCUGCGCGACGCCCGCCUGCCGGACGGCGCGGUGCUGCUGCUGGCGCGAGGCCCGGGCCCAGGCCCCCAGAGGACCAGCCCGCGCCCGCCCCUGACGGAGACGGCAGCUCGGACUCGGACCCAGGACCCCGGGGAGGAGCCGAGAGUCUUCCGGCCGCUCCGUGCGACUCCGGGCCCGGGGGUCCCCAGCCGCCGCGGGACCUCGGCGGCGACCCCGGGCGGCGCCAGGUCUCUCCAGCCCCAACCCGAGGAGACGCGGAAGGACGGACAGACGGAGGGACCCCCGGCCCCCGACACCCCCGCAGCUCACUACCAUCCCCACCCGUGUCCUGGGUGCACCGAGAUCCCCGAGCCCGCUCGCUGGGGCUCCCCUUCAUGCGGCUCCCAACUCCCGCUUCUGCAAUGGGCUCCCAGCCAGAGGCGCCCGUGACCGCCAGAAGCGGCUUCCAGCGGCUGGGUGCUCAGAUCGGGAGGCCCAGGCCUCGGCCCGAGGGUCCACGGCCGCUCCAGGAGCCGCAGUGAGGCGCAGGGCCGGCGACCCGGAGCCAGAGCAGCCCAGGGAAACCGUCCCCGGCUUGGAGUGGUGGCCUCGGAGCUGGGCCAGGGAUACCACACCCCGCUCCCUGUCCAGCCAGCGCCCCCCUGACUCCCAGCCACAGACACGCCAUUCCCGCCCUACCUGUUUGGUUUAGCAAACUCCUAUUCAUCCUUCAAAGCCCUCCUUUCACUGUCCCUUGCAUUCACGUUUCCCUGAUCCUCCAAAGAGAGCUUCCAUUUCACUCUGGACUCUGGCCGUCCCU